AUGUUGACAGCCGUCCACACAGAGGGAGAAAUUAGUGAAGAAAUAAUAAAUCAAGUAUUUCCUGGAGUGUGGGCCUCCAAUGUACCAGAGAGAGCGAAAAAUGCACUCCCAAUAUUAAUCAAACUCAAGGAAAGAAGACAACCAGUUAGAAUUAAACAGUAUCCCCUGAAAAGAGAAGAUAGGGAAGGAAUUAGUCCCAUAAUUGAAGACUUUUUGCAGUUAGGCUUGUUAAAAGAGUGCCCAUCUGAGUUCAAUACUCCCAUUUUGCCAGUCCGGAAACGUGAUGGGUCAUACCGGAUAGUACAAGAUCUAAGGGCUGUUAACAAAAUAACUGAGGAUCUCUAUCCUGUAGUCGCAAACCCAUACACUCUACUAACGUGCCUGACACCCGAGCUAACUUAGUUUACUGUUUUAGACUUGAAAGAUGCCUUCUUUUGCCUCCCUAUCCAUGAGGACAGCCAGAAAAUUUUUGCAUUUGAAUGGGAGAACCCCAAAAGUGGGCGCAAAUCCCAGCUCACCUGGACUGUAUUGCCUCAAGGAUUUAAAAACUCUCCUACUCUGUUUAGAGAGCAACUUGCCAAGGAUCUAGAAUCCUGAGAAGCUCCCCCAGAAGAAGGAAAGAUAUUGCAAUACGUAGAUGACGUCCUCAUAGCCACCCAGACAAAAGAGGCAUGCAUAGCCUGGACUGUAAGCCUGCUAAACUUUCUAAGACUUCAGGGAUACAGGGUAUCAAAGAAAAAGGCCCAAGUAGUGAAGCCAAAAGUAAUUUAUCUAGGUUAUGAGAUCAGUGCUAGACAGUGGACUCUAGGGCAAGAUCGCAAAGAAGCGAUAUGCCAAACCCCAAAACCUCAAACAGUGAAGGAGCUGUGA